AUGUACGCUGCUCGCUCCGUCAAGCCCAAGCUCUCUCUGAGCAUCGCCACCACAACAAGCGCUCCUCGCCCCGCACUGUCUCUCAAGUCUCCCGGUCUUCCUCGCACGCCAAUCUCACCUGUUUCUGCCGCAAGCCCAACAGUCAAGAGGUUCUCUUCUCUGCAAGUGCCCUCGUAUAGCUACUCCAACUCCUGCUCGUCGAAGAGCAUUCUCAAGAAGGCGCCGGCUGCACGAUCAGGUGUUGCCGACAAGCGCAUCAAGUUCCAAGUUACGCCGACAAUCCACUGCGUAACUCCAAUUGAGAACCCGGACGAGUACUACGGCCGACACACGAAGAUCACCCGUGAGGAGCGCCGCUGGACAGUGAGAGAGUGA